GAUACUUACAUACGUACAUUUAAACUAGUUAACGACUACCGGUACUAUUCGUUAUUUUACAACUGCAAUUGCAUAUUCAACCAUACCUCCAGUUUCACGUGUAUUAUUACACGAUGCACAAUAACCGAACAAUUACAUUGCUUUUUCUUCGGCAAAGGUGAAGUGCGAAGUGAACAUUUCGUUUGUGCGUUUCUCGAAUGAUACUCAACUCCAGAAAUUACCGACUUGCUCGAAAGCUAAAAGGGACUCGAAAUAAGAGAGAACAAGGCUGAAGAGGGAUAUAACACUAGAACUACCAGCCCCUCCACCUCAGGUAUAUCGAUUCUCUCGUUGGUAACGGAGUAAUCGGGCUACUCCUGGGAGACCAAUCAUCGCCGAGCGAAUCGCUCUAGUUACCGAUACACCGGCAAACGAAGAGCACGGUGCAGCCGUUCAAGCGAAAUUCGCGCAUUAAAAAUCAAACGGCCGGGAUCUAAACGAAAGACAGAGAACGAAGAUAGUUCCCGACGACAUCGUACCAUCGUAUUUUCGGUAGCGACCAUCGUAACACCGUCUUAGCAGCGCCUUAAUGGCCCGGUUCGAAUCGCGUUCUUCUUUCCAAUUCGCUUUUUAACCGAGAAUCCAAAAUACAGAAAAUAUACGCGUUCGAACCGUCGUGAUCCGUCUCGUGUUACGAUAGAAGAGUCACCUUUAAAAAUGAAGUGGCUGCCUGCAGAGGGAAAGAAAGAGAGUCAAACAUCUCCGAGAGGAGAAAGGACGGAGACUCGCGCGAUUCUUAUCGAAUCGUUCGUUUGAUCGAAACUGGUCGUCGCGUCGUGGAAUCGCGGGAAAUUUGAUGGGAAAACGCGAAACGGGAAAAGAAAGCAGAAACUGAAAGAACUAGAUAACUUUCCUAAACUAGGCAACUCUCCUUUCGUCUAUCGUUGUACGUUCGAGAGUUCUAAAACGUGAAAUCGAGCGCGCAGGUACAUGAUAAAGCGGGUAGACGCAUGAUCGACAAUUUUGUCAACAAGAUGGUUUUCGACUCAAUUGACGAAGAACAAAGGAAACGUUUCUUCGAGCAAAGUUACGGCGCUCAUUUGCCCGGCUACACCGGACACUGUCCUACGCUAAAAUUUCGAGUCGGAAAGCGAUUUGGGGCGAGCACGGAAGAAAUCAUGAAGGAAUUACUCCAGAAGAAAAUCCUGAAGACGGGACCUUACAGGCCAGAUGGGAGUUCUGGAAAGGAUGCGCGACGAAACGGAUCGAUUCUAUGUGAGAGGGAUGAUAUUCGACGAGAUUGGAAGAACGAGACCCACUUGUUCAAAACACCCCCGUAUAUUCUAGGAUACACGGGAUAUAUUCCUGGAUUUAAUAGCAGGUACGGCCUGUCGUUCAUGAGAGCUGUGGAAGAAGGCGGUAGGGAAUGGCGUGAAAAUCAAAUGAAGCUGAGAACACGCAGAAACGAGGCGAGGACGCGAGUCGAGAGACGCGAUUCCAGAAACCUCUUAUCACGGAGAAGAGAGGACAAUGUCGCCGUCGAUGUCGCCGUCGACGUUUCCGUCCUCGACGAACUCGAUUAUACCCGUGACCGAAAUCUAGUCACAUUUGAUUAUGAAAUUUCUCCGGAAAAGCCACCGAUCGUUGGCUAUACCGGUCACAUUCCAGGAGCAAAAGGUGAGGCGGCGUUGUCCAAAAGGUACACUCAAGCCGCGAAGAAAGGACUCGAAAUAAUUCGAAAAGAACGCGAGGAGAGGAGAGCCAAAUCUAUCAACGUGUUUGAUGCCAGCCAAGUUUAUCGAUCCGGAUGAAGACCGUAAGGGGUGUAAAUUUUUGAGAAACUGACAAUCCGUUCCUACGAGAAAAAAACAUGUAAAUUCACCAUUCAUCCAGUUUAAUUACCGUGUUGUCGUAUAAACGAAUAAGUCGAAAGAAAAUAUCGUUAAGACCGUUACAAAAACGAACGGCACGGCGACGAGAAGCGAAAAGAGCGAAAGCGUCGUUCCCGUGAUACGUGAAAUAAACGGGAAAUACAAAGUUUCUUAAAAAUACUUCCAAUUUGGAAAUGUUUUUCAAGAAUAUCCGACGAGCAACCAUUAUCUGUUAUUUCCGCUUCGAGACGAAACGGAAUUUAGCAAAUUUUCGAACCUCACCUGAUUAACAUCGCUAUGUGUUCUUUAAUUUGGUGUAAUCGUUUCGAGAGAUAUACGCGAAGAAUGAUAAACUUCAUAAAGUCCAUAAAUGAUCCAUUGAAACAUAAUACAAGGAAUACACAUUUAAUAUCGUGCCACGUAAUCUUCGUAGGAUUUACGCCUCCUUCUUUUUCGGUAAUCUAUCCAAUCGUUCCAUUUCCAUUUGAACAGCCAUCUUCCAAUACUCCGUGGUUAAAGUAUUUGAUCCGUACGAUAAAGAUAACAAUCUGGCCAAUAUCAUUAACGAGUGUAAAUGAUCGACAUUCACGUUUUUAUGAAUUUGUCUCAGUUGCACAAAAUCGUUCUGCACCUCCUUGAGAAAUAAAGAAAACAACGAAACAGUAGAACGAAUGCCCAACUAUUUUGUAGAAGCACAAGUAACAAAACGAAACAAAAAGGAGACAGAUAAAUAAAUAUUAUUAUAAAUAAUGCCUGUAAUGUUACCUUCACAAUAUCAUCGUUAAACUGGAACUUUACGUCCUUCACAACUUUCAAGUACUGACGUAUAUCUUUCAAUCGAUUUUCAUCUUUUAGAUAUUGCUCUGCAACUUCUAUUACAUGUGGAUAAACGUUCUUCGAUUCCGCGUCUAUCUUUAACACCACUUGAUUUUGGCACUAAAGCAAGCGUGCACGUUACUUAAAUCUGUUGUUUUAUAAAUUUGGUAUCAUUGGUAAUGCAAUAACUAUUGAAAUAGCUCGUUUAAAUUUCUUACGCACGGGAAUAAAUGAUUUGGCUUCCGACAAAAUUAAGACCGGAAUAUCCGUUUCGUAUUCCAUCUUAUAAAAUUUAAAGUUGUACGUUACUUUUUGGAAAUUAAUCAAGUCACAGAUUGUAUUGUAAUUUUCUCGACCGGCCUGCGAAACUUGACCAGGAGUUAAUCUCGUUUCAUCUAUUACGAGAUGAGUAUUGUCGCUAAGUUGAAGCACUCCGCUGGUCAAUCUAUUAGAAUCGUAGUCUUUUCUAUAAACAAAACAACAAUGUUUAGACAUAUCCGAAAUAUAUAGAGCGUUGAGUCGCGUUAUUUAUUAAUAUUUCACCAUUUGAACGACGUUCUAACGAUUUUUACAUAUCUACGCAAAUACUUACUUUGGCGAUAAAGUUAAAUCAUUCAAAUUUUCCAAAGUUAUCUCCAACAAAUGACUUUUUUCCACAAACAUUGUUAAAAAUUUAUACAAAUCUUCCACAAAUGUUUUGUUUUCAUUAGCAGGAAAAUGUGUUAUAUUUAUUGGAUAAGUGCCAAGACAGAAGUAAUCCCUUCUCAUGUAACUAAAAAGAAAUGAUACUUUGCUAAUAUCGUUCGGUUUUUUUCAUUCUCUAUCCAUAAAUAAAUACCUACAUCGACGAAAGUAAAUGACAGAUCAAAUAAUCAGCAGCUAGGCGAUCCCCAAAUAGAAUAUUACUUAAUACUAGGUGGAGAUGGUUUCUUAUUGAUUUUGCUUUGGAAAUAAUUUCUGGAGCACUUUCAAUUUCCUUGGACAAACGAGACAAUUUGAUAGCAUGUAUUCGAGGGACUAAAGAUGUGGGAGGGUGAUGAACGUUCAUUUCUGCUUCUGUCAUAGUCUCGUCUGUAUCAUAAGCAUUUAUAAAUGGAUCUAAAGAUACGAAACCUAUUAUUUCAAUAACUUCAUUCAAUUUUAAAGCCAUAUCGUCGUAUAUCUGUGAACCAAAGAACCCACACCAAACAUGUACAAAAAAAAAUAUAUCAGAAAAAUUCCUCUAACAAAUGUACAAAAAGUUUGAUAAAUAACUUUAAAGAAUUUAUCCCAACCUUGAUGAUACAUGUUCUACCAUCAUCUAUCGGAAUUGGGAAGUUUAAUAAA